CUCUGGCUUAAUCGUCAAUCAGUUGAGAACUACCCUUGGGCUAGCGUGGACGUUUGAUUUCCGCGAGAAAAACCAUCAUCUAUUUUGUAUUGUUUCCGGUGGUGAACCGGCUGGUGUCUGAUAUCAACUAAAUUAAUUUAAACAGUGCUAGAAAACUGACUGACUGAGGCUUAUUGUCAUUAGCCGGUGAGGUGGAAAAUCUGAGCUUGUUAGUUAUUUACGGUGAAGUGGAUAGGCACUCCGUUGUGUGAAAGUGCAUCGGAGAUAUUCGGAGAAAAAUUCAGUGAAGAAAAUAAGUUGCAACAAGCGAGUGGGAAAACAGACUUGGCCGACCGAGUGUGAAACGAAAAAAAAACUCAUCCUUGUCCAUCGCGCGCCAUUGCUUCGUUUCAAUUCUGUUCCAAGAAUUGCUGAGCGCACCCCCAGCCAAGGUGAUUUGGAAAGUUUGUGAAAAACAUUUGUUCGAUUGAAUCUAACGCCAAAGGAGUCGUCACAAUGACUACCGAUACUUGGGGAUACACUGAGCUGAACGGUCCGCACGUAUGGCCGAAAAUGUAUCCACAGGCAGCCGGUCAACGGCAGUCACCCGUCGACAUCGUCACGUCCAAUACGAAGACAUCGAGCGAUCUGAAAGAGAAUCCAUUGCGUUGGACCUACGUUCCGGAAAACACACGCAGCCUGGUCAAUCCGGGUUACUGCUGGCGGGUGGAUGUCAACGGUAAGGGUUCCAAACUGACCGGGGGACCGUUGUCGGAUGAAACAUUCAUCCUGGAGCAGUUCCACUGUCACUGGGGCUGCUCGGAUUCGCGGGGCUCGGAGCAUACCGUCGAUGGGGAAUCGUUUGCCGGUGAACUCCAUCUGGUUCACUGGAAUCAGACCAAGUACAAAAGCUUCGGCGAAGCGGCCGGACAACCCGACGGGCUGGCUGUGCUGGGAGUGCUCCUGAAGGUCGGCAAACCACACCCCGAAUUGGAUACCAUUGCGCGACUGUUGCCGUUCAUCACUCACAAGGGUGAUCGAGUCACCCUAACCAAUCCGCUGGACCCGGCCCAUCUGCUGCCGGAAAGCAAGGCCUACUGGACCUAUCUCGGGUCACUGACGACGCCACCGUGCUCGGAGUCGGUAACCUGGAUCCUGUUCAAGGAACCGAUUGAGGUAUCCCACGAACAGCUGGAACUGUUCCGUGAGAUGCGUUGCUACGAUGCCCGCGAGGAGUGUCCUUGCGACGAUUCGCUCCACAAGACGUUCGAGUACGGCAAGGUAAUCAACAAUUACCGGCCGCCGUUGGAGUUGGGAAAUCGCGAACUGCGUGAAUAUGGUGAGCACUAGGAAACCUGGUCCGCCGUGCUUCUGCAGUGAUUUGAUUAACAUGAUGAAUUUUUUUUUGUGAAUGAAAAGCAAUAGCAAUUCACUCGUGUGAACCCACGCCUUUCACCCAAUAUAGUGUGUAGAAGAGGAAUUUAAAUUACAUCCACUACGAUAUUCAACUCUACUGUGGUUAGCAGUUCUUCAGACUCUCAAAGAGCAGAGGUAUUUAAUUUCAUACAGUAACAAAGAUAAUAAAACUUGUAUGUCUCUUCCGUUUUGUGAGUUGUUUAAGGUAGGUGGCAGUCAAGUUAAUAAGGAUUUGUCUUAUAAAAAGAAAGUUAGCCGCAAUAUUUCGCCGCAAGUACGGAUGGACAGGAAAUAAAAACUAAACAGGAUUGGUUUAUAGCAUGAUUUCAAUGAGAACUAGGAGUAGUGCAAUCUAUUAUUGAUGAUAUUUAAAUUUGUUUUUUAUUUAGAACUGUUUAGAAACGUUGCACUUGUGAUUAUAAUAUUACAUUAAUAUUUUAGUGCAACAUUUAAUCCUAAUUCAAAAAGGCCAUUUUAAGAUAUUGUAAUCUUUAAAAUUUAGUAAUUUUAUAAAACAUUUGUUCACAUUUUGUUUCUAUUUUAACUAAUUUUGUUUGAUUGCGAUCGAGAAGAUUAACAUGAUAGCAAACGAGACCAAUUUUUAGGAGAGUAACGAGAAAGUGCCUACAGUAAAUGUAACUGACAGCAGUCGACAAGUUAACACCAGGAAAAUAGAAACCUAAAACCGUGAACAGUAUUUAUAUCAACUAAGGGUACAAUAUUUGCCACGUAAAAUUAAUCAUUUUCAACGGUUUUAUUCAGUAGAAGAUACCUACUGUUGCAGGCCAAUUGUUUGUUACGUGCAUGUUUAGGAAGUGCUGUUAGAUACAUAUUUACACGAGCACGCAGCACAUCAGCCGAAUAACGGGAAAUUAUUGUUAGUAUAGUUGUAUAUCCUGAAAGAAAUGAAAUAAAAUGUACUAAGAGUAGAA